AUGAGCAUGAGCUCGCCACCUCUGUUCGACAAGGGCCUCAAGGCCGUGCGCCGCCGCGUCGUGGACAACAUCCUCGCCGUCGUGACGGUGCCGCUCAUGGUCGCCGCGCUGGUCGCCGUGGCGCGGUUCGGGCCAGAGGAACAACUAGCUGGCCGGCUCCGCGAGGCGCGGCCCGUGCACCUCAUCUUGGCCACGUUCGUCCCGGCCGCGGCUGCCACAGUGUACCUCAUGCUGCGCCCGCGCGCGGUGUACCUGGUGGACUACGCCUGCUUCCGCACGGCGUCCAACUGCCGCAUGCCCUUCUCCUCCUUCCUGGAGCACGCCAAGCAGGUGCCCGUGCUCAACGAGCGCAGCAUCCGGUUCAUGACCAAGCUGCUGGAGCGCUCGGGGCUCGGGGAGGAGACGUGCCUGCCUCCCGCUCACCACUACAUCCCGCCCUACAACUACUGCACCCUCGACGCGGCGCGAGGCGAGGUCGACCUCGUCGUCUUCUCGGCGCUCGACGACCUGUUCGCCAAGACGGGCAUCAGCCCUGGAGCCAUCGACAUCGUCGUCGUCAACUGCAGCCUCUUCUGCCCCACGCCGUCCUUCGUCGACAUGAUCAUCAACAGGUACAAGCUGCGCAGCGAUGUCCGCAGCGUGCACCUCUCCGGCAUGGGGUGCAGCGCCGGGCUCAUCUCCGUGGGGCUUGCCAGGAACCUCCUCCAGGUCGCUCCGAAAGGCACGCACGCGCUGGUUGUCUCGACGGAGACCAUCACGCCCAACUACUACUUCGGCAGCGAGCGCGCUAUGCUCCUUCCCAACUGCCUGUUCCGCAUAGGCGGCGCCACGGCGUUGCUGUCAAACUCCCCUGCCAAAGCAAGGUUCCGCCUAAAGCACGUCGUGCGCACCCUCACCGGCGCGCAGGACAGCGCGUACACGUGCGUGUUCCAGCAAGAGGACGACAACGGCAACGUCGGGAUCAACCUGAACAAGGACCUGAUGACCAUCGCUGGGAACGCGCUCAAGGCCAACAUCACCACCAUGGGACCCCUCGUCCUCCCGGCCUCGGAGCAGCUCCUGUUCGCGCUCUCCUUCAUCGCGCAGAAGGUGCUCAGCGGCAAGUUGAAGCCGUACAUCCCCGACUUCCGCACGGCCUUCGAGCACUUCUGCAUCCACGCGGGCGGCCGCGCCGUCAUCGACGAGCUGCAGCGCAGCCUCAGGCUGUCGGACGAGCAGGUAGAGGCGUCGAGGAUGGCGCUGCACCGGUUCGGGAACACGUCGAGCAGCUCGCUGUGGUACGAGCUAGCCUACAUCGAGGCCAAGGGGCGUAUGCGGAGGGGUGACCGAGUGUGGAUGAUUGGGUUUGGGUCCGGGUUCAAGUGCAACAGCGCGGCGUGGGAGUGCAUCGCGCCCGCCGCCAACGCGGAGGGACCCUGGGCCACGUCCAUCCACAGGUACCCGGUGGACAUUCCAGACGUGACGAAGCACUAA